UUAAAAAAAACGUUCGUUUUGUGCAAUGUUGAAAUAACAUUAAAAUACUUGAUUAAUGGUCGUCAGUGGAGCGGUAAUUUGGAGUUUUAUUAUGUAAUCUAGAUAAUUAUCAUGAUGCUGUAGAGACAACGGGUCAUUAUUUUUGGUUAACGUUCGGUAAUGCGAGGGCAACACAAACAGAGUUAUUCCCAGCAGCAGUCCUCCAUUCCUUGAGCAGCAGCACCGAUUGGGACGCGGUGCAGUGCAGAGCACAUCCCUAACGCCGCGUUCGGUGCGGGAGCCUCCGCACCACUUCCCCCUCCCCCCGCCUUCUCUCUCUCUCUCUCUUUGCCUGGGCUGCUUGAGUUAUCCGCAGGCGUAGGCAAGGCAAGGCCUGAGGUACUAGCUGAACCUGUCUGAGAGCAGAACGGCGGGCCGUCUCCCGGAGAGGCUGCGCACAGUGGUCAAUGUGAGCUCGUCACAGUUCUCGCUUCUUGCCUCUUCCAGAGGCUGAGGUAAACAUCGGGAGCACGGCAGCCACCAUCGGGUUCAAUGACUAGCAGUACAAAGUAUGGCCUAGACAGAACAAAAUGCAGAUGGAGAGAAUUAUAAAGAUUCCACAAUAUUCCUCUGUCACAAGUUGGUGCUUCAUCCGUCUGUGAUCCAUUACCUCUAUUGAUCUUUUGUCUUGGUGCAAUGGCUUGCAAGCUAGCAACUCAAAGUUUUCUUCAAAAAUUAAAACUUCUGUUAAUUAUUGUUUGUCUUGGAUCCAUUGUGACUUGGAUGGGAACCAGUAAUGUACAGGAGCUAGUAAAGGAAAUUCGCCAGCAACCUGUGAUGCUUAGAUUUUGGAAGAUGGCAAAGCAGCUUGAAGAACAGACAACAUCGAAGUGUCCACCUUGCCCACCAAAAUCAUCUCCAACUCCAGCACAUAUGCCAUUGUGCCCAUUUCUAACACCAUAUCUACAUGGUGCAAAAAAGUUAAAAUUUGAUGCACAACUCACCUUGGCACAAGUUCAGGAGAACAAUCCAAAAGUACAGAAAGGGAUGUAUGCACCUCAAGAGUGCCAUCCGCUUCAACGUGUUGCUGUACUGAUUCCGUAUAGAAAUCGGGAAAGACAUCUACUAUAUUUACUUGAGCAUCUGCAUCCACUUCUACAGCGGCAGCUUCUGGAUUAUGGGAUAUAUGUUAUUAAUCAGGCUGGUAAUGGUAGGUUUAAUCGAGCCAAGCUAUUGAAUGUGGGUUUCCUGGAAGCAAUGAAGGAGCGCAAGUGGGACUGCUUCAUUUUCCAUGAUGUUGAUCUUAUCCCAGAGAACGACUUCAAUCUGUACCUCUGUGAUAAUGUGCCAAAGCACCUUGUUGUGGGCCGGAAUGCUACUGGAUACAAGAAUCGCUACGCUGGUUAUUUUGGUGGAGUAACAGCUUUGACUAGGGAGCAGUUCACGCAAGUCAAUGGGUUUUCAAACCGUUAUUGGGGCUGGGGUGGAGAGGAUGAUGACCUUCGGAUAAGAGUUCAGCUGCAAAAAAUGAAAAUUGUGAGGCCCCCCAGUGAAAUUGCCAGAUACACAAUGACUUUCCACAAAAGAGACAAAGGAAAUGAAGUCAAUAAUGAUAGGAUGAAGCUUCUGAGGGAAGUCUCUCAAAACUGGAAGAAAGAUGGUUUGAACUCCUGCUCCUACAAUGUGCUAUUACAAGAUCAUAAGCCUUUAUACAUUAACAUCACAGUGGACAUAGGUGAUCCCCAUCACAAUCCAGGAGUUGCUGCCUAAGUGGAGUGCACUUACUUUCAUUAAUGGCUUUUAGAUUGCUGACUAUUCUUCAGCCAUUGUACUGAUUCUUCUUUUGAGAUAAGUGAUCAGAUCUUUGGGUUGCUGAACUUGCAAUAACUUCUCUGUAAGGGACAUUUUGUAUGUUGCUAGAGAAUCUUCAUGGAUGAACUAUGUGCAAUAAGUCUUGACUUUUUUUGAGACUGGAAGAAGUGAAUCUUUUGGUUAAUAUUACAGUUGGGCAAGCAAGGUAAAUAGAAAUUGCUCAAGCACUAUAUUCCUUCACAUUUAAUCUGAGUGUUGUACAAUUCUAGGUUGAAAUCUUCAAAUCUCUACCUAAUGGCAGGGUGGAGAACCUUCAUAAAGACUGGUUCUUCAAAAUGGUCACUCAUCAAUACCUUCUCAAUUAGGGAUAGGCAAUAAAUGUGACAUCAAUAGCCCAAUGAUGAAUAAUCCCCUUUUUGUUUUUUUGGCAUUUGUACAGAGAUUUUGGAUGUGAUUGUGGGUCUAAUAUUUCCUUUUCAGAGGACUGAUCAGCUCUUUGCUGAACCAUUAGUAAUUUUCAUUAUGGAAACUACUAUUAACUGCUGGUAACUGGAGAAACGCAUGAACAACUAGGUCCCUGGAUUUAAAUUCCUUUACAGGGUUUGAGGAAGUACUUCCCAUUCUGUAAUCAUUGGGGAAAUUUUUGCUGAGAUUUAUCUGUAAAAUGUAAAAAAAAACUGAAAAACCAAUUGGAGUUGAAAGGGGUCAAAACCCCUCUCCAUAUAAUUACCAUUACAGGUUUGUGAUUAAAGUUUACAAAGAAAAUCACAAGGCCAGCUAUCUGCGGGUGAAGUCUACAACAGGUCUUUCACCACUACUUUCUUUAUAUUUUCUUUGAGUAAUUUGUGAUAAUAAUAUUUCCAUUAUGCAACCAUAAUAUAGCUAACUGAUACUUAGAUCAAUGAAUCACAUGCAACUCGCCUUUUUCAAGAACUGGCUUGAAAUUAAAGUAUGAUGGGGGGGAAGAAGUCUGAAUUUCUUUAGUCAUCUUGUAAAACUGUAUUGCUCUUGCACGACAUAGCAUAAAGGUCAUGAAAAUUUAAUUUUUAUUAAUUUGUAAGGAUGAGUAUUUUUAGGGCUAGCAUAUAUUGCCUUGUCUAUUUGCUAUUGAGAAGAUGGUGGUAGGCUAUCUUGAAAUGCUGCAGUCCUGGGGAAGCUGAUCCACGAUUCUUUUAUUCUGGGAUUUGGACCCACUGAUGAUGAAGGGGGCAUGAAUAUAUUUCCCAUUCACGAUUGUAGGCAACUGUUAAAAUUUCUUUGCUCCAUUAAACAGUCCCUGCUGAUUUACAUUUUGACUGCAAAAAUAUGUUUUAAUAUGGAUCUCUCCACCAUUCUUCCACCAAAGUUAUGUCAACAAGUUGACCAAAGUAGAAAUUUUUAGACUUGUGUAGAUAGCUAAGUGAAAAUUAGAAAGGCUAGUUAAAUAAUUUAUUCCAAAAACACCUUUAAAAGAAUUAAUUUGCCAUUGUAAUCAUUGCAUAAAAUUUACAAUAAUCCUUAAAUUGGCCUGUUGUAUAUGUACAUGAUCUUCCAAUGGUGAAUCCACCCAUUAUCUGUUGUGCAGUUUUAAAUUCUGGGAUAUUGCUAAUUUCUUAAUGAGAGACUAAGAUGAGAACUGGAGGUAACAUUUGUUGAUAUUUUAACAAGGUUAUGAAUUUGAGAAUUAGAAGAAAAGUCAAUGUGUCAAACAUUGGUCUUUUUAUCUCAAUCUGGAUGUGAAUUGAAUCUAGACCUGUAGGGAAUCAUAUUAUGCUCUAUCCAUUGGCUUGCUAUGAACAUUGAAUAGACUUGUAGCAGAAAUAUGAUUGUAACUGGUAUUCUCAAUUAUUGUGGGAAAUGGGGAGAAAAUGGGAAUAUUGAUGCACUGUUCUGGAGUUGGGUCUAUAAUGCAUUAUGUUUUUUUUCUGCAUUUAAUUACACUAUGUCAAAGCUAGACAUCCAGAGCUAGUUUCAUUUGUUAUUCAUCUUGCAACACAACCUUCUCUCUUGAUGAGCAAAAUGUGGUGCACAAAAAUAUAAUUCCUUCUCCUGUGGUACUAUCUUUGGAGUAUAGUCAAAAAUUGCGUUCUUUGAAUUUUGGGUAAUUUUUUCCCUUUCUCCCCCCCCCCCCCCACCCCACCUCUCCUUCCGAUCCACCUCUGGUCAUCCCAUUUUUGUCCCCUUUCCCACACACACACACCCUCCAGUCUCCCAUCAUCCAUUUUUGUCCCCAUCCCUCUCCUGGUUCCAUCCCCCCACUACCCACACAUUUUACCCACUGGAUCUCCCCUCCCCUCCCUCCCCUUCCCCCCCCCCCCCAAUCUGGUUCUGUUUGCUUACCUCUUGCCUAAUUGGCCCCAUUAUCUUCCUUACUUAUCAGAUUACAACACCGGUGGUUACCUUGUGUAUCUUUCUUGACACCCUCCAAGACAGCCUUUUUCCCCAACCCCCCAGCCUUUAUCUGCCUUAUUUUUGUCUGCCUCCACCUAUCAUCCACCUACUUCCUGUCUCCCAACUCCACCCCUCCCCUACCUGGCACUAUCUGCCCAACAUCCUUCACCCAUUGCCAGUCUACCAAUUACCACUGGUCCCUGUCUCACCAUUCUCCCUCUUCACGCUUGAUACUGAUGCAGGGUUUCAAUCCAAAACAUCAACAAUUCCUCCCACCCCCACCACCACCAAUAGAUGCUGGUCAUCCUGCUGAGUUCCCCCAGCAUGUUGUAUGUUGCUCUAGAAAUCUAUGUGGUUGUGUGGCUUAUUCAGAGUGUAGAAAUUGGCAUGUUUUGCAGACGUUCAGUGCCUGAGCACCUUCAUUUGGAACUGGUACAAGGACUUGUUAAUUGAGUCCACUGGCAUCUUGAUUAUGCCCUCGUGCUUCCGAGGAGGAAUGCAGCUUGUGUGAUGGGCUUUGAUGUUGUAGCCAAUUGGGCAACCUAACUUUUGGAUCAUAACUAGGUGAAGGCUUGGGACUACUUUUGGUCUAUUCACUGGCCUGCUUCAGGUGCAGAUAAUUUUUUAACCCUUUAUUUCCAUUGGGUAGCUUAUAUGUUGCAAUGGGGAUGGAGGAGGAUAGUGAAAAACUGCUUUUAAGGUAUGAGUAGAUUAAUAUGUGGUGCAGUAUCCACAUCAUAUUGCAGUCAUCUCUACAGUUGAAAAAAGUUAAUGUAAAUUGUAAUAAGGAUUUUAGAAAAUUAAAACAGAAUUAUUUCUACAAAUCAAUUUAUAGACUGCUAAUAUUGAGAGAUUCUCCAGUUCAGACUUCGGUAAAAAGGAAAGUUUGGUUGAUUGAAUAAAGGGCUAUUCAUUUGCUGCUAGUUUUCUGGCUGAAUAUUGCAAUUGACCCAAAAGCCAAAAAUGCAGCAAGGGACUGAUCUUUUCAAUUAGUUUCCUUUUGAUUUGAUUAAACUGCUGAGUUUUAUCAGCAUUUUCUGUUUAACUUUGCUUUAAUUUGAUUUUUGUAUUUGCCUGUAGACACAUUGAGGCCCAGAAAAUGCCACAAUUGUUAAAUGUAAGCGAUUUGCUACAGCAUAUUGUAUAGCUCAGCCAGCAGGCAAAAAGGAAGUGAGUUUUUGGUGUAGCGAUUGUAUUGCAUGUGACUCAAAUGGAUCCUUGUAAUGCCUUGGAAGUUUUAUAAGCAAAAUGUUGAUGCACAAACGAAACUUUAUUCUGAGCCACUCCUUUUGGUACCUUGCUAUUUGUAUUUAUUACUACGAAGAGCCCAUGUUUGCUUAGUGAUCUUUAUUCCUGACCAUCAUUCUGAAAGUCGUAUAAAGAAUUGGGUCUAAACCUGUUUCAGAGGUGUGACUGUGAGCUGAUUAAUGGUUAUUGAUGACGUGGCCCCCAAGACAAAAACAGUGUGGAUAUAAUCAGGAGAUAGAAGAGACUGCAGAUGCUGGAAUCUGAAGCAAAAAGCAAAAUGCUGGAGGAACUCAGCGCAUCAAGUAGCAUCUGUGAGGCAAAGGAAUACUUGAUAUUUCGAAAUGUGGACUAUCCCUUUGCCUCCAUGGAUGCAAUCAGAUGAGAGGAGAAUUGAUGUAACAAAUUGUGAAAUGACUGAGUCAGCAGUGGAAUCACUGCUACGAGGUAACAAACUCUGGGAUGUGGAAACUAAACUAUUGGUGCACAUGUGGAAGAUAGGAAAAGGAAACUUCUAGGUCCUUGAAACUUGCAUAACGGAAUUAAUUUUCCCUUGUCACUGCACGUGAUUUAUGUUAAUUCCAGUGAACAGCCACAAACAGCUAAAGUGAUUCCAGUUAACAGCCACUAACCAAGAAACUGGUUAAUUCCCACAAUGGGUUAAAAAUAUCUUCAGUGCAGUUGAAUUGUGAACUAUUGGUGUUUUCACUUGCUGUGAAAAAUAAUUUUGAAGUUAUGCAAGGCAUUGGGAUUAACUUUUAUUUGUGCCAGCCAACCUUAAUACUAAUUUUUUGAUUGGUUGCCAGCCAUUUUUUCCUUGAAUAUACAAAGAUAAAUUAUUUCCCUUUUUUGAUUAGGAAGGAACAUAUCUUCAUGCACAUGUUACACAAGUUAUCAGUAAAAUUAUAUUUUAUAAUGAUCAGUUGGGGGUAAUUACAAAUCUUCAUGUCUUCCAAAGUGAUUGCAUUUUAUAAUGUUCACUGGAGAAGCUACAGCAAAAUCUGUUUUCUAAUUACGGGAAGGGUUGAUUUAAUUUACAGCAGAACUGUUAUAACUGACUAGAUUGAAAUCACUGACAUAAUUCUGAUUUAUUGAGUCUUCAUUGUACAACUGACUGAAGUGCACAAUUUAGGCAAGUAUAUUAAUAUCUUUAUAUUUAAACUUUUUUUUUAAGAGUAUUGUUUUGUUUUCCAUUUGCAGUUUAUAUUUCCUCUAAACUGAAGAAAUCGUCUUUCCAGAUUUCUCUGUUCUAUAUGGAAUCAUUUUCUUCAUUUCUCUAAAUAAAGUUUUUUUUAGAUAUAUAAAAAUUUCCCACCAUACAAUUGUUCAACAUCAAAGAGUUUUAAACUAUGGUUGAAGGAUACAUUUUGUAUUUCUAUAGAAUAGCUUUUUUUAAAUGAUAUUUGUCCAUCUGAAAUAAACUUGCACUGAAAAAAUGUUUUAAUGUGAAAGCUCUGUAAUAUUGCUGCAAUGAAUUUGAGUCUUGCUAAUUUGCACUCAAUAAUCUCACUGAACCGAAGUCUGCUGGAGGAGAUUUGUGUUGAUCAAUGGAAAUAAUAUUAAUUUUCACACAAUGAUGUCACUGAAUCAGCCUAUUGGAAGAGAUCAGUGUGGAUCUAUGGAAAUGAGCAUUCAAGGACCAAGUAUCUGAAUCAGAUUUGUUAUCACUGACUUAGAUGACGUGAAAUCUGUUGUAGAGUGCAAAGACAUAAAAUUACUAUAAAUUACAAAAAUAAAUAGUGCAAAAAGAAAAGGAAUAACGAGGUAGUGUUCAUUGACUGUUCAGAAAUCUGAUGUCAGAGAGGAAGAAGUUGUUUCUGAGUAAUUAAUUGUGGGUCUUCAGGCUCCUGUACCACCUCCCUAAUGGUAGUAAUGAGAAGAGGGCAUGACCUGGAUGGUGAGGGUUCUUCAUAAUGGAUGCUGCCACCUUGAGGCAGCGCUUCUUGAAGAUGUCUUGGGUAGUGGGGAGGGUUGUGCCUGUGAUGGAGCUGGCUGCGUUUACAUCCCUCUGCAGCCUCUUGUGAUCCUGUGCAUUGUAGCCUCCAUACUAGGCUGUAAGGCAACCAGUCAGAAUGCUUUCCACUGUACGUCCAUAGAAAUUUGUAAGAAUCUUUUGGUGACAUACUAAAUUUCCUCAAACUCUUAACGAAGUAGAGCUGCUGGUGUACCUUCUUUGUGUAUAAUAUAUUCAAGCAAUAAAACACACAAAAGGUUAAGAGUGGAGUAAAUGGUGAAUAACUUUGUAGUGGAGAAUUCUAAUUGAAAAAUUCUGGAACAUGGCAACAGUAAAAAGGAGGUAUUAGCUUGCUAGCAGACUUAAAGCUUGGUAAAUCCCUAGCAGCUUUGUAUCCUAGGCUGCUUUGGGGAAGCAAGGAAAGACAGGCUGGGGGCCCUGACAUGAUUUCAAAAUCUUCGUUGGCUAUAGAUGAGGUUCCAGAAGACUUGAGGACAACAAGAAGGGCAGCCAGGAUUAGCCAGGUAAUUACAGGGAAGUAAUUCUAAUGUCAGUGGUAAGACGGUUAUUGGUCAAAAAUUCUGUGAGAUUUGACACGAAUUUUAAUGAUGAGGGAUUUAUUGAUGAUAAUACGUUUUGUACAGUGAUAGGAAGUGGUUUGAUUCUCUUGGUGGAGAAGGUCAUUGUCUGGCCUGAGAGCACUUGCCACUUAUCAGCCCAUAUCUAAGAGGGUUAUAUGGGUCCCUCUGCAUGCAGUUAUGGACUAAUUCAUUAUUUGACAGGUUGCAAAUGGGGUCAAAUACUGUGUGAUCUUCCCUGAACAUCCCCACUUUACUGGAAGGAAAAUCAUUGAUAAACACCCAAAGUUGGUUGACCCUAGGGAACUGUCUUGAUAUCUUGGGUUUGAGAUGAUUAGCCCCUAAACAACCAAAACCUUUGCUUUGUUAUCAUGACUGCUGUGCUCCAAAAAUCAAGAUUUAACUGUGAUAAUAAAUAUUAUUUUAUGUUAAACUCUUCCACUAUACAUAUUUCCUUCAGCCAAUGGAUUGUUUGUUUUGUGGCUCACAGACCUUGAGUAACUUGUACUCCUUGUAUUCCCAUCAACUCCCCCAGAUUUUACUACUCACCCCACACUGAUUAACCUUACAGCCUGAAUGUCUUUGGGGGAGGGGUGGCAUUUUGGCACAGGCUACAGCAUGGAAAAAGAUACUGAAAAUGUUAAACUUGUUCUGCUGUUUUGCUUUAUUUUACCUUUGAGUGCAUUCUCUAUUUGUGGAGGCAAAUACUUUAUUGUAAGAUUUUUUUUAAUACUGCAGUUCUCAAAAUACCAGAUUUUAUUCAAAUCAGUUCUGUUAAUCCAAAGUGGUGCUGAUUGAAAGACUCGUGGCACUGUAGGUUAUAGAUUGACGUAAUAAAUGCAGAAUGGCAGCUUCCAUGGUCAUAAGAAUCUGCGUGCUAUAGGAAUGGAAAUUUGUAUUCAUCAAUGUCAUAGCCUUAAUGAAAGGAGUCGGAAUGGUCUAACUCAGAUCCUCAUGGGAAGCCAGUAGCUAUUUCCUGGAAUUUUCCUUGGUGGUGGGAAGAGAGUAAUUUUUUACUUGUGAUGGUGUAUGCAGUGGCUCAAAGCAGACUGUCUGGCAGAUGUUCCCUGAACUAUUGUGAAAUGUAAUUCUCACUGUCGGAGGGGAGUGAUCCAAAGCCACAGAGACUAGUCUUCCUUAAUCCACCUCAUGACCAUGCAGUUCCACAUGACCCUCCUCUUGGGGAAACCCUUCUUAAGGAAAUUCUCUGAGCAAUGAACAGGAUAUUUUAAGAUCAAUGAACAGUGGUAGCAAAAAAUGAACUAAUUUUUAAAAAGUCUCUCUUGAUUUUAGCAGCCAAGAAGUUUUUUUUGCUGUUGUCAUGAAAUAAUGAUUCUGUUUAUGAUUUGUGUGUAGAGAUGCACUGUGUAAAUGGUGCAUUAGAAGCAAAUCAAUAUGAGAGUGAAGGUCUGCUUUACAAAGCUUCUGUACUAAAGCAGCAGCAGUCUCUUACUGUCCCAGUGCUGCCUGGAGGGCUAUGUGAUGGUGAGCCAGAGAGAAGAAAGCAUUCUCCAUAGUUCCCAAUGUUUGCAAUCCCUGGAUGAACCCCCCACCCCCAGUUUCCAAACAACUGUUGGUCAUGAUUUGGCUAUUUCCAUUUAGUUCUCCCCAGACUCCCCAAGCAGGCUUGAAGCUCAUGUCAGUUCCUAGUUCCUUGACUGCCUCUACAUUAUAGCGACCAAACCGUUUAAGGUUUUAAAGACUCAUCUUUUGAUUACUUAUCAUCCAAUUUUUAUACCUUUUUUACUCUGCCUUGCCACAGUCCAUGUAUACUCUGUAUGAAUUUACAGGUUAAACUUAAAAACAUCCGAAUAAAAUAACAAGAACACCUGUACUAAACUGAAAUUGGCAUUUCUGGUUAGGGGAAUGGAUGCAUAUCUCCCCUCAGCUUAAUGUGAAUUAUUACUGGAACAUGUUCAUUGUUCUGUAAAUGAGUUUGUUUGUUCUGCAGCUGUGGUUACAUGGAGUCAUUGUAAUUGGAGGGGUGAUUUGGCAGCUGUUGAAACUGAAUGUCAGUCAAGAAGAUUUAUUGAUUAGGCAAAUUCCAAUCCGAAUGUUGUAAGAAGAUACAUUCAAUAAAUAUUGCAAUAAGUGUUU